AUGAACGCCACUACACUCAUGGACGACAUUCAUCGUCCCAUGCCGGGCUCCUUUGGCGACGAAGAUCUAUCCGAACUAUAUCACAAUCCCUUCGAAACCCUCCAAGUACUACAAGAUGAGUGGCGAGGCAAAGACCACGCCACCCCGUGGUCAAAGGAUGACAUGUCGGACAUUUGCCUCGGCGACAUUGACUGGCACAAGUAUGAACCACCGGCUGUGCUGCGCAAAGCACCAAACGUCACGUCCAUCAUCCUCCUAGACAUUAUAUCAGCUUCCAUCGAUAAUGUGAAAAGUCGAAUCGCCGAAGAGGAUCGUCAGAAGCAGCUUGAAGACGAGCGGCGUCUGGCCGCCGAGGAGGAAGCUCGCAGGAAUGGCAAAUCCCCCGAACCGUAUCUCCCCAUCAUCAUACCGCCAGAGAAGCCGAUAGAGCCAGAUGCUUCGCCGACGGAGAUUCUCAACGGCGCGAAUCUGGCUCACUUUCAUACCGUGUCUGUUACCUCGGCGGGGAAAGCGACCGAGGUAACUGUUUUGAAGGACGUGGGACGAAGGAGAUUUGCGAUUCGGAGAUUAUUUCACAGGAUGAAUGACGAGGGAGAGAGUAGUGCGGCGGGGGGUGCGAGAGAGGCACUUAGACAGAAACUCGAGGCGAGACUGAGCAAGGUGAAUAUCGCGAAUACGGAUUCCAAGACGCAGGAGACGGUGAUGGCGCUGAGGAAAUCGGGCUUCAUCAAGGAUGCUGAUGUUCCAAAGCUAGAGCCAGAAGUCGAAUGCGUCUCCUGUCUCGACGAUGUCCUCGUAAAAGAUGCCGUCAAGGUAACCUGCCACAGCUACUGCAAAGACUGCUUCGUCCGCCUCGUCACCGCCGCCACACAAAACGAACAACAAUGGCCGCCCAAAUGCUGCCUCAACCAAAUCCCCUUCCGCCUCAUCCUCAAACACAUCCCCGAAGACCUAAAAAAGACGUUCCAAGAACGCUCCUCCGAGUGGGACCUCCCCAUGACAGAACGCGUCUACUGCAGCCAGCCCGGGUGCGGCGUCUGGAUCCGGCCCAAAAACAUCAAACUCAACAAGCGGCAGGGAAAAUGUGAGCGCGGCCACGUAACCUGCACGAUCUGCCGCGGUCCCUCACACGGUAAUGAAGACUGCCCGCAAGACUACGACAUGAAUCUCACCAACAUGCUCGCCGAGGAGGAAGGCUGGAAGCGCUGCUUCAACUGCCACGCCUUGGUUGAGCACAGAGAAGCCUGCCAGCACAUGACGUGUCGAUGCGGCACUGAGUUCUGCUACGUCUGCGGGCUGCGCUGGAAAACGUGCCGCUGCACAAUGCAGCAGCUGUAUGCGCUGAAGGAGGCGGCCGAUACGCGGCGCGAGCAGAAACGCUUCAAGGAGCAGACUGAGGCAGAGGAGCUGCGGGCUAUCCUGGCGCAAAUAGAAGAAUUCGAGCGUGAGGAAGCAGCGCGUGCAGAACUCGAACGUCUUGAGCAGGCUAGGCUUGAAGAGGAGCGGUGGCAGCGUCAGAUCAAGGAGCGGAUUCGUCUUGAAAGUAUUCGCCGCAAGGAAGUCGAGUCCAAGUUUGAAGAACUUCGUCUUCGACUCAACGAGCUUCAUGAACUUCAGCAGGUUAUGCUAGAGUCGUACCAGGAAGAUUGUGCGACGGGUCUCCUCCAAGAAGCCGAUGCGAUGAAGUUGAACCUCGCGGAGCGUCAUGAGAUGCAACGCCUCGAGCUGACGAACCAACUCUCGCAAAGGGUUGCCGUCCGCGAAGAGAGAUUCAAGCGCGAGUACGCCACCCGGGUUGCGCAAGAACGCAAACUAGAGCAGCAGUAUCUGGAACAGCUGCAGGACUUCUGGGGAGGGAGACCCGAUGGCGAGGCGGAAAUCGAACGCGCCAUGUUCCCGCUGAGGAAGAAGAUGGACCAGGGCCACAGGGCGUGGCAGAAGUGGAAGGAUGAGCAGAUUGGGGUUUAUAAAGGCAAGUUGGAGGACGAACGGACCAUGAAGGAGGAGGUCAUGUAUAGCCAGAAGGAGAGGCUGAAGGAUGGGUAUGAUGAGCGGGAGACCGAGCUGACGAGGAGGAUGGUGGCGGAGAAGAAGUGGUUGCGGGAGGUGGUUUGGGAGAGGGAGAGGUUGCUUGGGAGUUGGGAGGUUUCGGAGAUGGAGGGGGAUGCGGAUAGUUUGUUUGCGAGAGAGGGAGAGCAUGAGCAGGAGUGCGAAGGAUGUGUUUGA